AUGAGUAAGCCGGACUCAGCAGAGCAGUAUAAUGCAGUUAAAGCUCGUCUCACGCUGCAAAUUCUCCGUAAACAAGAACUUGAUGCUAAACUUAGUAAACUUGAAGAUCAUAUCUAUGAGAAGGAAGAUGAAUAUUUUGCCGAAAGUACGUUUGGAAACAUAGUUAAAGGGUUUGAAAACUUCACCAAGACUAAUACUGGUGGCUCUAAUAAGAAACGUAUAAUUUAUACUGAUGAUGAUCAUAUUUUCAGUUUAAGUUCUGCAAACUUUGUGAAGAAUUUCUCAAGAAAGCAGGGCCUAAAUGGAAAGAAUGAUGAAAUGGACGAGUACGAAGAUUCUGUGGAGCCAACUAAUGGCGGCGGGUCUUCAGCCAACGGCUCUUCUCAAACCAGUACGCCUGCAAGAAAGAGAAAGACGAGGGUUACCGAUGAGUAA